AUGACCUAUCCUGACGUGUCGUUGGAGUCAGGUAAUAAUCCCCACGGCGAGGAUGAACCGUUCCUCCCUAGAGGGCAACCUGCCAACCAAGCUGGCUGUAGCGGGGCCCCAGAGCCAAAGCUGUCACCACGUACCCGUCUGCGCCUGGUCAUCACCGUGGUCGCGAUUCUGUUGAGCUUCCAAGUCGGCGGCCAGAUGAUCGGGGGUCCAAUGGUGCGGGUGAUCGAGAUGAUCGCCUGCGAUAACUAUUGGCGUCGACACGACCCAGCUCGACUGCCCGCCUCCGGCCAUCUGCCCGAGCACCUGUGCAAGAUAGCAGAAGUGCAGACCGAAGUCGCUACGGUGAAAGGAUACUCCGACUUGCUCGAGGGACUACUGUGCGCCAUCUGCGCCAUUCCCUACGGACUGCUGGCGGAUCGGUAUGGUCGCCGACAAGCUAUCCGCCUCACUAUUCCAGGGUUUCUGCUCAAUGCGAUCAUCACCAACACCGUUCUAUGGUUUUCGGGCACUUUCCCCCUCCGUGCGAUCUGGCUCGCCGCACUCAGCUGGAUCAUCGGGGGAGGACCAGCCGUGGCACUGGUCGUGAUUUGGGCCAUGCUGGCUGAUCUGGCCACCGAUGCGCAACGCGCAGCGCUGUUCUUCCGGGUCGGACUUGCCAGUCAAGUGGCAAGUUUCCUGGCCAGCUUGAUCAGCUCGGGACUCAUGGCUCUCAACCCAUGGAUUCCGCUGCUAAUUGGUUGUGGUACGGUGAUGAUAGGCCUUGGCUGUGCGCUGUCACUUCCCGAGACCAUGAAUAUGCCCGUGAGAAGCAAAGAGCCAGCAGCACCAAGCCCAGACGAGCCAGCAUCGACAUGUGAUACAUCUUCGAAGCCAGUGCUGACACCCAUUCCACUGCCGAAAAGGCUGGCACGUCUCAUCCAUCCUUACCUGUUCAUCUUCCACCAGCAAUCACUCUUGCUCCUAUUCUCCUUUGCAACAGUCGAGCUCGUGCAGCGCUCCUUCCCGUUCCUGACCCAGCACAUUUCAAGACGCUUCGCCUGGACUUUGGCGCAAGCGAACUUGAUCGUUCCCUUCCAUGCGGGGAUCACCAUCCUCGUCUUCCUGUUCCUCCUCCCGUACCUCUCCCAAAAGGUUUUGCACUAUUUAUCCCUUCCACAAAGAGACCUGCAGGUCGCGCGUCUCAGUCUUGCCGCUCUGCUCCUGGGGUCACUCGGAAUUGCUCUCUCGCCAUCAGUCUUCUUUUUGAUUCCCAGUGUAAGUGUUUAUGCGGCGGGAGCGGGCUUUGCCCUAACCAUGCGGUCGCUGGCUACCGCGUUGGUCAAACGCGAGGAGACCGCGCGACUGUAUUCCGCGAUCGAGAUCCUGCAGUACGUGGGCAAUAUCCUGGGUAGCCUGUGCUUUACGAAUGUGUUCAAGCUGGGAUUGCAGAUUGGCGGACUGGGGUCCGGGUGGGUGUGGGUGUUGGGUAGUAUGCUCUAUGGGUUGGUGGGAGUCGCAUUGACACUUGUACGGGUAUAG